AUGAAACCCAGCAGCUUCAGGAAAACCCGGAUUUCCUCCAUUCCGCUGUUUCUCAACAUGCUGCCGGACAACAGAGCCACUGAUUACGAGGCGGCGACCUCCUUCCUGGGAGAAUGGGGACGUUUCCAGCGGCGGGUCUUUUUCCUGCUCAGCCUGAGCGUCGUCCCUAACGGACUCACCGCUUUCUCCAUCGUGUUUCUGGCCGACACGCCGGAUCACCGCUGCGCGCUGCCCGCGCACCUGAACCUCAGCGCCGCCUGGAGGAACAGCAGCAUCCCGCUGGAGGAGGAUGCGAGCCGCGGCGGCGCUCUGGUGCCCAGCAAGUGCUCCAGAUACAAAGUGGAGUAUUUAUUAAAUUACACGGAGAGAGGCUUGCUGCCCGGAUUGGACGUUAAUCUCUCCAACGUGCCCAAAGAAAGCUGCCUGGACGGAUGGGAGUUUGACCACAGCGUGUAUGAAUCUACUAUUGUCUCUGAGUGGAACCUAGCGUGUGGCGAAAGUUGGAAGACUCCACUGACGUCGUCCAUCUUCUUCUGUGGUGUUUUCACCGGCUCAUUAAUUUCUGGACAACUCUCUGACAGGUUUGGGAGGAAAAUUGUGAUGUUUGCCACCAUAGCCCUGCAGGCGGUCUCCAGAUUCAUCCAAGUCUUCUCUCCAAGCUGGAUUGUUUUCUGUGCUCUGCAUUUUAUUGUGGGGAUAGGCCAAGUUUCAAAUUACAUUGUUGCAUUUGUUUUAGGAAUGGAGGUUCUGGGCCCUCGGACCCGAACAGUUUUCUCCACGGCUGCGGUCAGUCUGUCCUUUGGUGUGGGCUACAUGCUCCUGCCGCUGUUUGCGUUCUUCCUCACUGACUGGAGGAUGCUGCUGCUGGCCCUGAUGCUGCCCAGCUGCCUGUGUAUGCCUCUCUGGUGGUUCAUUCCAGAGUCUCCUCGAUGGUUGCUCUCUCAAGGACGAACAGAAGAAGCUGAGGCCGUUCUCAGAAAAGCAGCUGAAAUGAACAACAUUGAGCCUCCAACAGUCAUCUUUAGCUCUUUACAGCACAGAGUGAAGACCGAGGAGAAGAGGCCCUGCAACAUCUGUGACCUGCUCCGUUCUCCAAACAUUCGCUGGAUCUCCAUCACGCUGUGGGUGAUCUGGAACACCAUCACCAUCGCCUACUUUGCUCUUUCCCUGAACACGGCGAACCUCAACGGAAACGCCUACUUCAACUGCUUCCUGUCUGCCCUGAUGGAGAUGCCAGCUUACGUUCUGUCCUGGGUUAUGUUUCGCUGGUGCUCCAGACGAAUGAGUGUUUUCUCAUCGCUCUCCUCGGCAGGGUUGUUUCUACUCAUCAUACAGCUCUUACCAGAUUUAGAUGCUCUGUCCAUAACGUUUGAGAUGUUGGGGAAGUUUGCGGUGUCCACUGCCUUUGCCGUUGUGUACGCCUACACAGCAGAGCUGUACCCCACUGUGCUGAGGAACACGGCUGUCGGCGCCUGCUCCACGGCUGCCAGAAUAGGCAGCAUUAUUGCUCCAUACUUCAUCUAUUUACGAACCUAUUCGGUGUCCCUGCCUUACAUCCUAAUGGGAAGCCUGACCGCUGCGGCCGGGUUGCUGAGCCUCCUGCUGCCUGAGAGCUUUGGAAUGCCGCUGCCGGACACAAUCAGUCACAUGCUGCAGUUUCCUGGAUGUUGUCAAAAGACACCAAACACUGAAAAUGAGGAAAAAGCUGAAGAAGAAACGACUCUGGUCAAAAGGAGUCACCCUCAAAUCACUCAGCAGCCAUGAAGUCCAAGAGUGCAGAAAAGAGAAAAUCCAUCUGAUCUGGGAAACCAAACAGAAAAACAUUUUGAUGAUUCUUUGUCCAACAUUUCUGUGAACACCAUUAUUGUUAUCAUUUCUCUCUAUUAAUACAACUUCAGCCAGAGUUGAUAGUGCUGAUAAACUGAAAAUGAUGUAGCAGAAUAAACAAUUUAGAAAGUAGUUACUCAAAUACAGAUUAGUCUUUACCUUAAAUUUGGGUUUUACAUGUAACUCUGUGUAACUGUCAGACUGUUAAGAGUCACAUGAACCUACACGUUUUAGCAGUUUUCUAAUAAAUCAUUCAUUUUUGAAACUGUGAUAAAACUUAUUUUUUACUCCACAUUUUACUAACUUGUAAUGACUUAUUUUUGAUGUUAGUUUGAUUACGACUGAUUUAAAGUUACAUAUUGAGCUGUGAGUUUGGGAGGCAAAGCAUUUUAACCAGACAGGUCAAAAUGGUGAGAUCUUUGUGAUUCUUUUAUGCAAACAGAUCAUCAUCUUAAGUCCUUGUGAUAAAAUGUGAAAAUGUGAGAAUAGAGAUUAGUAUUUGACUCUAGAGUCAUGACUAGAUGGGUCAGUGUGGUUGUUGUGGAGCACUUCUUUGGUCACAAAUGGUAAAAAGAAACAUUGAAUUGACCAGGGAGAAGGAGAAUCUCUGUUGGGAGUGAAGUUUCCAUGUAUAAUUUAUAUUCUUGUUUAUCGCAAAUAGUUUGAAUUUCUGAAUUAUUAAAGCAUGGACAUUGUUUUUGAAAUAUUUUGAUAAAAAAUUCAAGUAUUGAUGCAAAAAAUAAAAAAAGGCAUGCAUGUUGAAAUGUAAAAGACCCAAACAUAUUUGAUGAUAUUAAUCGAAAUGAUAAUUAUCUUAAUGCAAUCACUCUUCCCUACUUGUAGCCUCU